CUAUAUUUAUUCAACCAUCCCAAUGGGAUUUUCCCUUAGUAAAUCUGCUACUCAGGUAUCUGCUAUGCAUAUGGAUUCAAAAGUGGAUGAUCAUUUGAUGCGAGGGACUGAGAAAAGCAAGUUGGAACCAGUGACUCAAUUAUUUCAAAACACCAAGAAAAUAAGAUUAGAAGACACAAACCAAGAACACUUUACAAGAAGUAAAGAGAUUGGCUCAGGAUCUCUUUCAGAGAAAACCUUGGGUUCUGUGGUAUAUGUUAAAGAAAAUGAUGGAAUAGAAAUGACAGAUGUGGAAUGAAGUUAUUUGUACAUA